GCAACAAUUCACAAUUGAAAACAGUACCAGGUAGGUAUGGAGCGGUUGCAAGCUCCGCCAUGCGGACACUACUUCAAGUUGGUCUAUACAUGUGCAGAAAUAGGUGCGACUCACAAAAUGGUAAGGCCUGGACCUAGAUCGGGCGGGUGGAAACCACGUCUACGUAAGAGGUCUUUUGUCAGAGCGUUGUCGUGAUCUUCACGUCAAAUUUUCCAGCUACCAAGUACCCUCCUCUGGCACAACAUACAUUGUCCUGUACAUACUACCCGACAACCUACAAAGUUACCUGCUAUACAUCUCAAUGCAAAGACCUCAAUCUCAUCCGGAAAAGGAUGGCGCCAUGUCCGAUUUUUUGGCAUCAGAUAUGCCUUGGUCGAAAAGAAUAUACUCCAGGUUGACAGCCGAUAUUGACGCACGUUGGGCGGACACCAUCCUUCUCGGCUGCUUCUUCGUCUCUGGCAUAGUGGACAGUGUGGCAUUCAGCACCUACACGUGCUUCGUGAGUAUGCAAACGGUUAUGUCUGUCAGGAACGUGAUGUUCAAAUUGUACCCCAGAGUCGAGGUCUGAUACAGAGUCAUGCAUGCUUCCAGGAAACACCAUUUUCGCCGCUCUUGGGGUGAGCGACCUACCUGCCGAUAUCCCGAAAUACACUUGGGUGAAAUCACUUGUUGCUAUUCUAUCCUUCUGCUUGGGGGCAUUCUUUUUCGCCAAAUAUCACCGAUUUUUUGGUCCCCUGAAACGCUGGGUCUUGAUAUCGUCAUUCCUCAUCCAGACGAUCUUUAUGGUCAUCACUUGCAGUCUGAUUUCAGGUGGCGUGGUGACGAAGACACCUCCGGCGACUCACGAGAAGAAUGGCCGUGGGACCUUUGAGUGGGUGGAACUGUGUCCUAUUGCAUUACUGGCAUUUCAAAGUGCAGGACAGAUCGUUGCAAGUCGAGUCUUGAAAUACAAUGCCAUCCCAACGGUGGUGUUGACCAGUUUAUAUUGCGACUUGAUGAGCGAUCCGCAGCUUUUCACGGCAGGACUAUUUGAAGACCCGGACAGGAAUCGGCGCGCUCUAGGGGCCGUGGCACUUUUUCUCGGCGCCACGAUAGGCGGUGCGCUCGUCAAGCAGGACGUUGGAUAUGGUGUGGCUUUGUGGAUAGCAACAGGCCUGAAGGGUCUGAUGGUGAUGGCAUGGUUACUCUGGAAGCCGAAGAACCCACGAGCAGGGUGAAAAAAAGGCGUGUGAAAUAGAAAUAGCAAGUUCGUUUCCAUUGCGCUACCAGCAGAUUGAUGGAUUUUAACGUUUCUCGCCUUGUAUGGUUGCCACCACUUUCCGCGAGUGCUUUGACGCCCGAAACUCUAGGUACCAGAUCCCUUGCCAGGUACCCGUGUUCAGUUUGCCAUCGGUGAUGGGAAUCGUGACACUUGCU